UUCCAAAGAUUGGCACUUGAACAUUGUCACUUUAAAUUUAGCAAACCAAAAAACUUCGAUUGGCUACGGCCGCGAUUUUAACUAUUUACCCAUUAACAGCUUCUUGCAGCUUGCGCAAACACAUACGACCUGGCUUCACGUUUAGCCUUCACAGUGGAUAUGAACUCAUCAGAAGUAGUUCUAGAUGGAUACUCGAUAUUGAGAAAUGACAGGACAAAUUGUGAAAUAUUUUUAUAUAGAUUGGGAAAGCGGAGGAUCGAAAUUUUUAAGAAGCUCUGAUAAAAUCACAGUCACGCCUGCUGCUCAAAAGACAGUUCGAAUCCAUGUCUUUUACAACAGAUCGAACCCUGAGAGUCUUCUUUUGAAUGACUGGCAAUGGAUAUCAAAACAUCCUUCAGCGACAGAAGCAACUGAAGCGGCGUGGGUCGCGUUAAUGUCUUCUCUAAUAUCGGAUCGCAAGUUUUUGACCAAACCCAAUGUUGUACUAUAUCUUGUGUCUAAAGACCAGUCAAGAUUUCUGGAGCUUAUUUCAGUGAUAAAGACAAACAGCGUGGCAUCGAUAGUGCCAAUCAAUUCUACAAUGACGUCCAUCACUGAUUGUUUUGAUCACGUUUGUUCUCUGUGUUUGAUCAUUUUUCGUGACAGUACAGAAAAAGAGCACCAUGAUCGCCUCAAUCAUUUGCUUUUGUGUGAUAAUCCUUCCUGCGAUCGAAGUAGAAAAGGAAAUGGAUUUUGGAAUAAAUCUGAGCUUCAAGAUCACGUAUCCAAGCAACGAAAGUGUGACAUUUGUUUGACCGGACUUGGAAAGGAAAUGGUGUUUUGCAGCACUAAGAAGAAAGACGAACACAUGAGAAGCGUUCAUGUUCGUAAACUCAACACAAAUCGCAAUGCUUCUUCGUUAGAGCAGCGUAAUGAAGUGGACCAGACAACGUUUCAUUUUCGUUAUAGUCUUUAUCCAUUGCCUUGUUUAGCUGAGCCAGCUUGUGCACAGCGGUUUCGCACGACAGCUGAACAGGUGAUUCAUCACGUGUCUUAUCACCAGUGCCAGUUCCCGUAUGUAUGCAUGGCUUGUGUCAAUCAAUAUAAAAGAGCUGUUUGCCUUAAAAGUAAAACGGAACUAUUAGACCACGCAAAGGUGAUGGAACACAGAACUGAGGAAUUCAUCUUCAACGAAUAGCUAGCCCUGGCUCAUGGUCUAUCACAGGGGCCGAUUGUGCGAAAGAUGGAAAGCUCGAUCCGACAGAUAAUUUACCCACUCAGGAUAAAUUUAUUGGAUAACAUCGUCUCGACUAGUCCAAUGGAUAAGGAUUUAUCCACCGGAUAGCGCUGGCUUCGUGCAAUCCGUGGCCAGAUCUAGACUAAAACGGGCGCCGCCUUAUCAUAUUGAUUACUUGUGACUGAAACGAUUACACGUGAUACUGUCACGGUAAGGUUUGCAAAACAUUUGUUCAUCCUACCAAAUGAUCGUCACGUGACACCUAUAUCGCAUUUAAAAAAAAAAUUAAAGUAGCGGAUGCUUGUAUGGUUUCAUUGAA